GAAGGAACUGUUAUUUUCUCGGUUUCCUUUUGCUCUCUCUCUCUCUCUCUCUCUCUCUCUCUCUCUCUCUCUCUCUCUCUCUCUCUCUCUCUCUCUCUCUUUGGAGUUUGUGUUUCUGAUUUGAAUUUGCUGCCGUUUUGGUUUGCUUGUUUGUUUUCUUUUGCUUUUGGCUUCUGGGUUUCUGUUUUUGAAUGUGGGUCUCAUUUACUUACAAAAAUUUUCGAGCAAAAAAUAUUGGAUCUGGGACUUGCUGCCAUUUUCAUCGUCUCCUUUUUUCCUUAAGUAUUCUUUCGCUUUGGUUUUCUGGUUCUCUGUUUUAGAGCUACUCCCUUGUACCUUUUCUAUUGCUGAUAAAGCUUGAAUAUUGCUUUUUGAGUGGUUCCUGUCGUUUCUUCCUUGGCUUCUUGGCACAACGCUUUCCAAUUCCAUAGGCGUUUCUUUCAGGAUGGGUACAUACUUGGGAUUUUAUUUUCUGGAUUCUGAUGGGGGAUCAUUUUGUUCUACUUGUGGAUCGAUUACUCACUGAAUCCACCCUCGAAGCUGCUAUAGAGAGCAGAAACAGAUUCUCGCAAGCGACAAAAUUAGCAAGUUUAGCUUUGAUUACUGAUACCCACAGAAUGGACAUGGAUAUUGGUUCAUCUCCAAGGGAGUUACUUGAGUGUAGGAUUUGCCAUGAUGAGGAUGAAGACUCGAACAUGGAGAUUCCAUGUUCUUGCUGUGGCAGCUUGAAGUAUGCUCAUCGUGGCUGUGUUCAAAGGUGGUGCAAUGAAAAAGGUGACACUAUCUGUGAGAUUUGCCACCAGCAAUUCAAACCAGAUUAUACAGCACCACCUCCUCUCUUUCAUUGUGGUGGUGUUCCUAUGAACUUCAGGGGAAAUUGGGAGAUUUCCAGGAGGGACUUGCAUAAUCCUCAAUUUAUUGCUAUGGUUGCUACUGAUCAAAAUUUUCUGGAUCCUGACUUUGAUUUGUAUUCGGCUCCGACUCCAAGAAGCCUGGUUUGCUGUCGUAUAGUUGCUAUAAUUUUCGUGAUCCUUCUUGUGUUACGCCACACACUACCAAUUAUAAUUAGUGGAGCUGGAGAAUAUUCAUUUACACUGUUCAUGUUACUGGUCUUGAGAACCAUUGGGAUACUUUUGCCUAUCUACGUCAUGGUUAGAGCAUUUACAGCCAUUCUACGUCGGAGACACCAACAGGAUCCUCGCCUGGCUGCAUUUGAGGAAGAGAACGAUCUACCACAACUGCAGCCUCAGCCACAUUUCAUUCAUAUCCAGUGAUUGCUGAAACAACCAUGAAUGUGAAGUUUCAUCAAGCACCACAGGACAACCAGAUGUACCGCCACAAACUGCUCGAUUCCAUGAGGAUGCUCCCAUGUUUGUCAUGGGCUGUGAAAUAUGAUAUCCAACUUGAAUGGUUCAGUACUAACCUCAGAGAAGGCGUUCUCAUAUCUGUCAUGGGGUGUGAAACAUGUAUUUUUCUAAAAAUAUUGCACUACCAAGCACGAUCAUGUUCAAAUUGUGAAUUCUUCCAGGAUAGCAGAUCCAUGCUUUAUGUAGAGGGAGUUGUAAAUUGUUUAAUACAAGAAAAAAAAGGUCCACUUUUGACA